UCCAAGUUUCCGGGCACUGAGGCUAUGGAUAGGGCUCUGUCCUUUCAGAUAAUCCUCAUGAUAAGUGGUUCUGUUAAAAUAAAAGGUAUUUGGUGCACCACAGGAAUCUCCACAGCGAUUGGAAGAAGAGGUUCUUUUUAAGAAAAGGGUUCAUGUAGAACCCCAUCGAUCGAGUCAGAAACCCCCAGAAAACGAUUGUGUCUUGUUGGUUGCUUAGUGACGUUUCUUCAAUCCUUUGCUGGGAAAUCUUAAAGGAUCUACACAGAAUCUUCGAACGUCUGUUUUUCCUUUGACCCAAGCGGCACCCUCCCCACCCCAAAACUAAUUUUAAAAGAUUGGCCCUUUUAAUAAUAGAAUUUGGGUUUGAAUAGUCCUGGGGCCUGUUUUCCAGCAGUCUGUAGGAGAUCAGCUCUGUUUCAGGUUUCUCAGGUGAGCUGUUCAGUAGCAUCUGUGACUCCUGCCCCCUGUUUAUCUCGGAGGACUUGAAACAAAUAGGAUUAACAGUGCAAAACCCCAGAUAAAGAGCCGUGUUGAGCAGAGCCACGGCAUCUCUGAGACCUGUAACCAUGCACUAACCCAGGUGCCAUGCUUUUCGGGGACUUGGGUUAUCACGUGUAUCAUCUGCUUGAUUUGAAUUUAUAUUCAACAAUCAAAGUUUUUGUAAAAGAGGUCGCACUCGGGUUACGAAACUCUAAUGGCGGACAUGCAGAGGAAAUGCAUCUGUUCGAUGUUGAUGCUCUUACUUUUGAACGGACACUUCUACUGUGACGCAGAUGGACCUGGCGAUGGCGCUGAGCUGGAAGAGUGGCAUUUGGACAACGGUAAAAAUUCCAGCGAUUCACAAAAUCAAACGAUGGACAGCUUGAUUUUGGCUUCAAGAUCUGUAGAGGUGAACGAUUCCCUGUCCAGGAUGAAGCGAGGCGUCCUAUUUCCGAGUGGAGUCAAGAUGUGCUCUCAGGAGACGGUGAAGCAGGCGGUCCAGAACCAUCUGGAUUACUUCCACCUGAGAGUGUGUCAGGAGGCCGUCUGGGAGGCGUUUAAGAUCUUCCUGGACAGGCUUCCCAAACGAGAUGAAUACGAGUUGUGGAUUAACCGCUGCCUGAAUAGCAGCAUUUGCAUCUUUGACAUUGGCAGGAGCUUCAGCGAGUCACCUGAGCAUCUCGCCAUCGUCACCAGCAGGGUGAAUAUGGCUUCAACAAUGGGGCAACAGACUACAGCUGAUCCUGCAAAAGCUGAAAACAUCUCGGCCACUGAUGGAGUUACCAGUGUGACUUCUCGUCUAGUAGAUCUCAGUCCAAUAGAAUCAACAGAUACAGAGGCUUUACUUAAUCCAAAGGAACCUAGAGUAAUCACAGAAGAGCCUGGGGUUGCUCGGAUGGAAUUAACAGUGACCACAGAACAGUCUUUGGAUGCACCAAUUAAAGUGAUGGCAUCCACACAGCAGUCUACAGUUAGACCAAACAUAGCUAUGGUAACUAAUGGAGAGUAUUUGAAUGCUCCAGAAGAAUUAGUAGUAACCACCAAACAGUUUAUGAGAAUUGCAACAGAAGUGAUAGCAACUGCAGAGCGGUCUACAGAUACUUCAACAGAAUCAAAAGUAACCAGAGAGCCACUGUCUUUAAACACUCCAACAAAAGAAAUACUAACUACACAAUGGCCUAUGGAUAUUUCAAAGGAAGCAAUAGUAACCACAGGACAGUCUACAGAUAUUGCAACAGAAGUGAGGGCAACUGCGUAUUCAAAUGAAGCAACGUUAAUCGCACAGUCUAUGGGAACUCCAAAGGGAACAAUAGCAACCAUACAACCACUGUCUAUGGCCACUCCAACAGAAGAGAUCUUAACCGCCGAAUGGUCUACGGAUCCUCCAGCAAAAGCAAUAGUAACAACGGCAUUGCUGUCUGCAGAUACUACAUCAGAAGCAAUAUCAGCCACAGAACAAUCUAUGGACACAGAAGAAGUAACCACACAACAGUCUGUAAUUACUCCGAUUGUAGCUAUGGCAACUAUUGAGGGGUCUACAUUUACUCCAACAGAAAAGAUAUUAACCACAGAACAGUCAAAUGUUGUUCCAACAAAAACUACGCCAACCAAGUUGAUUAAUACUCCAAUACAAGCGAUAUUUGAGAUAUACCAGUCUAAAGAGAAAGAAGUGAUAACAAUGUCCAGACAGUCUAUUGUUACUACAAAUAAAGCUAUAGUCUCGACAACACAGAUUACAGAAGAUUUAUUCCAGGUCCCCAGUAUGGCCACACAGCUGGAUGACACUCCAGUGGUCAGUGCAAAACCUGCUUUUGAUUUGACCACUGAAGAUUCAGGGGUAAAUCCUGAUUCUCUGACAGAAGUAACUGGUCAGACGACUGAGCAGAUAAGCCUAGAAUUUGACUUGGAAGUGAACCAUAAUAUCCCUAAAAUACCUACUACUACUACAACUACUACUACUACUACUACUACUACUACUAUUAAAGUUGCCUUUGAGAAUAGUAAGAAUGGCAUUACUGUCAAUUCUGGAUUAGAGAAAACCCCAGUAGACACAGAGGAGGCAUUACCUGAAGAAGCCAUGCAGGUGGACGAUAAUGAAGGUGUUGGAAAAGAACUACAAUCCUCACCCAGCGCUUCUGUAAUCACCACAAAUAAACCUAGUGAAAACCAGCAAACAGAAUGGGAUACACUUGAAAACACCCUACCUGGUGACUCUUUAGACGCAUCUCCAGAUGAACCGCCACGUUCUGUUAGUGAUGACACACGUGAAGAAGGGUCCGUUAUUGUAGAAGAGGUAUCAGGUGGUGAGGCCACCAAAUUCAAUGUUUCUGAAAAGAUGGAAAUCCUUCCAGGAGCUGAAGUUUUAAUUGAGGCCCCUACAAGCAAGCUGUCCAUAGCAAAGAAUACACCAGUAAAUGAAGAUGUCUCUGUCAGUGCAGAAGUUUCAUUUGAUUAUACAGCAGAGGACAACCCAGGAGAUUUAUCUGAAGAUACUAGGCAUAAACUUGACAUUGUGUUUGGUGGGACGCCUACAAAUAUACCAGAAGAUGCCGCUGAAGCAGUACCUUCUGUUGAGAAUGCAGGCGUAGUCAACGAGGUGCCACCCAGCACUAUUAUACCUGUUGAAAGUAACGAACCUGACAGUAAAGUGACGCCAUCUGUGGUUAUUCCAGACACUAACAGUAAAGAUGUCACUAAUGCAUUUACGCUUGACCCUAGUGUCAUCAUUCUGGAUGUGGAUGAUUUCACACCUAAUGCCGGACUUACCACUGGGGAUUACACAUCUGGAACCCAUCACAUGGAAAUCAAUAUUAAUCAACAAGAAGAAACACUUGAAGAGAAUGCAGUUGAAGGAAAGAUGUCGGAAGUUUUACAGGACACUACCUCACCCUUACCUGGAAGAACAGCGUUGGAAGUAACUGGCAUUUUCAAAGAUACAAAAGAUCUUGAAGCCAUAACUUUACACAUACCUGAGAUUGAACGACAUACCGUGGUCCUUGAUGUUCAGCCAUCAGAGUUUCCUGGAACUCUAGACAAAUCGACUGGGACCCCAGAAGAGGAUGACAUACCUGUACCACUAGUUGAGGUUAAGAAAUCUACAGUUGGCCUAAAUGAACCGACAACCAACAUACAGCAAAACACAGGCUCAUCGAUGUUACAAGCAUCCACAAAUAUCUCAAAUACCAUAAUAGACAAGGGGAACAUGAUUGGCAAUGAAAUCGACGAGAUCUUGCCGCGGCCUGCGCGAUCGAAAACGGAUCAAGUGGUGGAGCUGAGCAUUAAACUCCGAGGAGAGUCAUACGAUGAUGCUCUCAGAGAUCCAACAAGCUUUUACUACCAACAUCUGUCUGAAGAGUUCAUUGAAAAGAUUGAAGAUGCCUAUAAAAAACUUCCAGGCUUCCAGAGGGUUUUUAUUCGUGAAUUCAGGCCACAAAAAGACAUCCAAGGAGGCCUUGCGGUGGUGGUACAUUACGCCAUCAUGCUGGAAGGAGACGUAGUUGGCAUCAGCAACGAGACCAUGAGCGACAUCACCCUUCAGUUCAAUCAGGUGGAGAAAUCCUAUACGGACCCGGAGGAGCUGCCCACCGUGGUCUACACUGUCACAGACUUACGCCAUUACAUCAGUCAGGCGCUGCACAAAGAGAGCCUGGGGAACAAUGGAAACGCCAGUUUGGAUGUGGACCCUGACUCUCUGCAGCUGGAAAAUGUGGAGACGUUGCCGAUUUCCAAACCGACCAGCAGACCGCUCGACUCCAAUAACAUGAUGGACAAUGUGCUGACUGCAGAAAAGCCACCUGACAUUCCAGGGCUUGAAUUUCCCAGUAAUGAUGUCUUCAUCAACAAUGAGGACUUCCUGUUUGACACUGUGCACCCGCAUCACCCCUGGAUAGGCCCGGAGACUGGGGUGCUUAGUGAAAAUGACAUCAUUACCGAAGACAAUCCACCAAAAUCACGUACAAACAGUGUGGGUCUAGAAGAUGAAAUUAGCAUCAAAGAAGAAAGCUUUCAUGAAACCACAACCUCUGCAAACCCCAAUCCUGUUACUGUGCUUCAGGAAUCCCUAUCUACCCAGUUUGAAGCUAAGAGUACUGUUACAGAAAUGUUUUCUAUAAAAACUCCAGGGGAUAAAGAUUCAAUAAAAGAUGAGAAUCCAGACAUGGGAUCUGGAUCGGGCUUCUCCAUCAAUUACCUAAUCUCUGACAAGUGGCCAUGGGUAACACAGCGGACUGCGGUACACUUAGAAAAAGCCAAAGACCGGGAAGAGCAUGAAAUGAAAUUAGUCGGAGAAAACGAGAAAUCUGAGGUUCUUGUCUUGCAGACAUCUACAGUGUCAUUAUUAGACAAUGUUAUUAUAUCUCAAGAUGUUAACGUUCAUGACACAACUACAGAAAUGACCCCAGUGUACUUUAACAUGAAAACCCAGAGGGAGCUUUCAAUGCAGACUACAGAAAAUUUUGAGAGUUCUGAUUUCCACCCAGGUGAACUGUUCACUCCUGUUGCUGCUUUAACUGAUCUGCCCAGGCCGGUCUUUGCUACUACAAUCGAAGGUUCAACAGUCCAGGUCUCAGAGGUUAAUCCUUCAAAUGAAAAUUCCCAGAGUGCCACUAGUCCCACAAAACUAACAGUCACAUUGGUCACAAAAGCCCUCAAGGCAUCUAUCAAUGUUAACCCAGAGGACACUACAACAGAAACAAGUUCUGUCCUGGUUGCCACAGAACCUCCCUUUGUCGACAUUGAGUUUGAAACCGUCAAAGAGUCUUCCGUUUUUUAUGGUCCUAAUGAGCAACUUUUAAUAAAAAUGUCCCGUUUGCCAGCGAUCUUUGACUUUGAGACAUCAAAUGCUGACUUGGAGAUUAUCGAAGACAUUGCAUUUGAACUCACACAAGCUCCCACUGUAGAACUUCCAGACGAAGACCUUGUCAAAGAUGAAAUCAUUGUGGUGACCGCUGAACCUGUGGAAUCAGUCACUGUAGUGGCCACAACUCGAGCGCUCUCAACCAAUUCUUACAGUCAUACAUCUGACACACUUAUUCCUACAGAGGUGAAAUCGCAGACGUAUGGUCACUUAGUUGUAGAUAUAGACACUAAAAAUGAUGCAAUCGGACCCACGGAAGCAGGCACCAAUGAAGUCAAACUAUCCACAGCAACUUACCCUUUCACAACUUUAGUCACCCCCAAUGGCACCAACAUCUCUGAGAGAGACCGCCCAUCUACAACCAUACCCCCAGUCUUUGAAACGACCUUUCAAUCUACUGAUAGUAUAAUGGGGACCGAAGGUGAUCAUCUAGCCACGAACGGUCAUAUAUCAACCCCUAGUAUUUCAGACCGGAUUCUUUUACAUGAAAACAGCAAUAAUGACAGCAGCACAGCGCAGUCUCGCAUUCCAGGCAACCCCAGCAUAACCGACCUUGAUGUGUCUUUUGACAUUAUCCAGUAUGAUGACGAGAAUGGCAGUGGAUUCAUACAUGGUAAUGACAUGGCCAGUGUUGCCAUGCCAGUGAGUCCUGGCCGGGCUCUGAUGGUAUUUUUCAGUCUGCGAGUCACCAACAUGAUGUUCUCGCAGGACCUCUUCAAUAAGAGCUCCUCUGAAUACAAAUCUCUGGAACGGCAGUUUUUAGAUUUGCUGGUCCCAUAUCUACAGUCUAAUCUUAGCAACUUCCAACGCCUGGAGAUCUUAAACUUCCGGAACGGUAGCAUUGUCGUGAACAGCAGGAUGAAAUUCAGGAAGCCGGUUCCCCGUGAAGUGACGUCUGCGGUGUACCUUAUUCUCGAGAACUUCUGCAACACGGCAUACCAGACCAUGAACCUCGCCAUAGACAAGCAAUCCCUGGAUGUCGAAUCGGGUGACAGGGCAGACCCAUGUAAGUUCCAAGCGUGCAACGCGUUCUCGAAGUGUAUGGUGAACCGCUGGAGCAGCGAGGCAGAGUGUGUAUGCGACGCCGGCUAUUUUAGCGUAGAUGGCCUGCCGUGUCGGAGCAUCUGCGACAUACAGGAGGACUUCUGCCUCAACGAUGGCAAGUGCGACAUCAUACCUGGCAAAGGUGCCAUAUGCAGGUGUCGUGUUGGGGAGAAUUGGUGGUAUCGCGGGGAACGCUGUGAAGAGUACGUCUCAGAGCCUCUGGUGGUCGGCAUCGCCAUCAGCUCGGUGGCUGGCUUUCUGCUCUUCGCUGGGGUGGUGUUCUGCUUGACCCGGAUGCUGCGAGAGCAAUACGACAAAGACGAUUCGGAGGAUCCGCUGCGGCAUGAAGACAGAGUACCAUCUUUGGAACGGGGGAGCGGGUUGAGCUCCGUGUAUGGGAGUGACGUAGCAUCAGGAUGCGGACGAUAUCGACAGACGUACUUUGAUACUGGCAACGAGAUGCGGCAUGUCUACGAGAAUGCUCAGCUUACUCCUGAGGAAAUCCCGGAUCAUGUUCGGAUCCUCGAUCUCUCCGCCAAAGACCACCGGUUUUCCCAUUUUGCACCGCAGCUUAGAGUCUGAGAUUUCCCAAGGUUUAUCGGUUUUCUUUACUUUUUUUUUUCUCGAGCAAUAUAUUCUGUUCCAGAACGUUAUUAUUGUUAAUUUCCACCCGAAAACUCCAGAAGAUUUAAAAUGCAGGCUGUCAUCAGGCAUUAUCUAACAUCCUGAGUUUACAUUUCGCAUUCAAUUUUUUAUUAUCUAUUUUUUUUUUUUUUACCAGAACACUGCUCAAAAUGUGGGUCUUGAUUGGUCAGGAGGGGGCGGCCUCAUUUUUUGAAGGUUUGAUUUCUUUCGAUUCCCAAGGACGCUCAUGAUGAACGCUAUACACAUGUACCUCAUUUGGUUCUACAUAUAGAAAAAUAUAUUUUAGUAUUUAUUUGUUUGUUUUUCUGGACUCGUUUUCCAAACACUUUUUUUUUGGGGUUUGUCGGUGCCUUCGAUUUUUUGGGUCGUUAGUUAUUACAAUUGUAGCGUGAGAUGCUAAAACAGUGAGGCAUUUAGACAAAUGUUGACUCGUAUAUGAAAACAAUACCGAACCUUUGUCUCAUGUUUUUCCUACAGGACGUGUGUUUAUAGGUGAGUGUGAAGCGAUGCAACGCUGAACGAUCAAGUUUUGCUUUUAAACGAAUCGCUUUUUAUUCAUGUGUAUAUGGAUGAAAUAAAUUCAGAUUUUAGUGUAGAUUGUGAUUUUUCAAAAACAUACAUCGGUUGGCUAAAAGUAUCGGGACACCUGAAUUUUCCCUCCGUAUGUGGUUCUUCCUUAAAUGGUUAGCACAGUGUUCGAGCCACACAAUUGUAUAGGACAUCUUCGGACUUGCUAGCGUUAAUUCUUUUAUUUGAGCUAGGAGAUUUAAACCUAUUCCAGCAUGGCAAAACCUGUGUGCACAAAGUCAGCUCCAUGAAUAUAUACGAUUUAAAUGGAUUAGACACCCCAGGCCUCCUCACCUCACCUUCAUCACUAUCUACAUUUACUAACAGCCUUGAUGAGUCUCUACAAAUCACUCCGCAAUCUUGUGAAACAUCUCCAAGAGUGGAGGUUAUUCUAACAGCAGAUGGGAACUAAAUAUGGAAUGGGAGGUUCAAAAAGAAGCAUAUACCAACCUUAUGCUCAGGUGUCCACAAACUUUUGUCUAUGCAGUGUAUAUUAGAACCUACACAAUGCAACCCAAUGGCUUUUUAGCAAAAUCUUUUAUUUUUUUUUUUAUUUUAUUUUUUUUUAAAGAAUUAAUUAAACACAGAACGCUUGAUAAAAUGUCUAAUAAAAGAAAAGGAAUAUUUCUGCAGGACAAACACUUCAACAACGCGGCAAUAAAAGUUUGUUGGGUUGUUGGGCUUAGUCGUUGGCAAAUCGUGAAUUUUUUUUUCGUAACACCCGUUCAGUUCCUCGCUUCUGGCCUGCGAUAUGUUAUUUUUUUUCCCCUUUUUGAACAGCUCAAGAUGUUUAUCUGUCAAGUAUCAAGCUUUAUGUAUUCCUUAUUUCAGUGUAGAUGCAGUGUAAUGUGGUAACAUGCAGGUUUUUAUUGUCUAAUAAAGUAAGGUUUAUUAGCA